AUGGCAGCUCCCAUACUUAAACUCGCACAGCUGUCAACAAAAAUAUUUGGUGUGUUGUCGCCGGAAAAAAUAACUAAAGAUCACUUAUCACCUCUCAUACGUGCUAUGAAUAACAUUUCAUCAGAAGAUGUAUACUUUGAUCCUAAAGAAAUCGAAGAAAGAGACGCUGAACUACAAAAAUUAGGCGAAGUUGCCCCAGUAACUUACAUGCAUAUACAUCAAGACCACAAUUUUACAAUGGCUGUUUUUGUUGUGAAGGCUGGAAGUGUUUUGCCGUUACAUGAUCAUCCGAAAAUGCAUGGACUGUUAAAGGUGUUAUAUGGUAAAGUAAGAAUAUCAUCGUACACCGAAGUUGACCAGAAACCAUUACCUGAAAAUAUAGCUCGUCUUCAAGUAUCGCAGAGUCAGAAACGCAGUAACAGUUGUAUUAUUAAAACUGUCUACAGACAUAAUGAUAUUGUUUUAUCAGAGACAGAUGAAUGUUGCGUAUUAUCACCGAGUGUGGGAAAUUUCCAUGAAAUCCAACCAGAGACUAAAUUUGCAGCGUUUCUUGAUGUUCUAGCACCCCCCUAUGAGGGUGACUGUGAUUCUGGCUGUCACUAUUACAAAGAUCUGAAUCCAGGAAAGACAAGCAUUGGUGGCACCACUUGGUUAAAAGAAAUUCCCCAGCCAUCAUUUUAUUGGUGUGAUACCAUCAAAUAUAAAGGACCUUUGUUGACUUGUUUGUAA